UGCUCCUUUUCUUUCUCUGGAAGAAGGAAGAUGUUCUGUAAGGGAAAAUGUGAAGAAGGAAACAUUCUGGUAGAAACGACCGGAGACUCAGAACAGAGAGGCAGAUACAGCAUCAGAUAUGUGGGGUCUGUAUUAUCUGUAUAUCUGUAUGUGAGCAUCACAAAGCUGACCAAGUCUGACGCAGGACGGUACCAAUGUGGUCUGGACAGAUCUGUACUUUUCCCUGGCUCACACCAGGACUUUGAGAUCAGAGUUAAAGAUGCUCCAACAUCUUCAAAACCAGAAGUGACUCCCCGACCGUUUCCAACAUCAGCCUCCACACUGACCACCACAAAGGGUCUCUUUGUCUCUCAACAGGGACAGACAGCUUCAGAUGGUCACGGUGUGGUGCUGUAUGUGCGUCUGACUCUGGUCGUCAUGUUCAUCGUACUCUCAGCGUCUGUGCUGAUAUUCUGCUGGAAGAGGGCCAGGAAACCCAGAGAAACUGCUGAUGAAGCUGAGUAUGUCAAUGUCACAGAGGCUAACAGAGAGUGUGAGGAGGUCAGAGAGGAGGACAGAGGCAGCAGAUCUCCUCCUAUAGAAAUGUCUGUUCUCUCCACUUCCCACUGCAGACACUUCUCAGAAGACAACUGAAGAGGACCUGUGUAAACUCACCUGCGUAAACUCACCUGCUUUGAGGAGGAUGUGUCCCUCCGAGCAGGGUCCUCGCCCCACAGCGCCCCCUGUGGUGAUCCAGAUAACGUCAUCUACUUCGUCCUUUGGGUAGAAACGACUUUGGACACGCAGAAGACGCUUUUUCUCCUCUCUACUCCCCUGUAACUAAAUCAGAUGCUGCUUCAACUCAAUUCAUUUGUAGGGUUUUAAUUAGUAAACAAAAGCUAUUUGGGUUUCACACAGUCUACAUUAAUAAUAAUAAUAAAGCUUUAUUUAUAUAGCAAUUUUCAUACAACACAUGCAGCUCAAAGUGCUUUACAAAAUGUCAAGUCAAAGAAAAAAAAGAAAAAUAUUUCCCCUCAGAUUAUUUGUUAAGAACUUUAAAAGGUGCAUGCAGCAAAAUAUAACAUUUUAUCAGGUUAAUAGACACAAGGAGGUAAAAUGUAUGAUAAUAAAUAAAUAUUGACAGAUCAGACACAAGACAACUAAAUCGAUGCAAUAAUAUAAAAUAUAAAACCCCACAAAACAAAGUGAACAUUUUGGUACAACAGAAAAAAAGAAGAAGAUAAUGGAAAUAAAAAUGCCAUAAUUCUAAUAAAGGUUAAAAGGUUAAGAAAUAAAAAAGACCAACUUAAAAAUAAAUAUGGCUAUUGAAGCAUGUUAGAUUAAUAAAAUAAGAUUAAAUCCUUUAAGACCUAUACAAUAAUACAGUGCUGCUGUGAACCUGGAAAUGUUGAGUACACCAAAGUUUUAUGUUAGAAGUGUAAAGUACGGGUCCCGACCCCAGCACAUAGAAACUGCCGGGUGCUAACCUGCAUAUGUUGGGCAAUUUGUACAUUAAGCAGAUGUUGCGUUAAUAAGCAUGAAUUACCAUUAUAGGGGAAACAAGUAAAAAAAUGGCUUGGCUGAAUUGGACAAUUGUGCAGUGGUUUUGGGGGUAAUGGAGGAGGCAUUUUUCAGGAUAAAAAAUAGUUGUUUCCAUAUUUUCACUCCCGGUUGACUGAUUUUGAUAAAUAUAGAAAAAGUAAUAAAAGUACAGUAUGUCAUAUCAAUUAAGUAGCAAUAAUAGUUAAUUAUGUGUUAUUCAAAUGUCAUAGUAUAGAAAAUCAUAACAAAGUGUCAGAGUACAAUACGUACAAAUAUAUUAUUACGUAUCCCUGUUUUUUCUUCAAAUUUUGUAUUUUAAAAGUUUCUCUUUGAUAUUAUAUGUUUUGGCUUUUCCUUUGACACAAAUCAUCAAGACAAAGUCCUUUCAUUUGCAAAAAUACUGCAACAUCUUGGUUUGUCCUAAACAAUGUCAAAACAUUAUAUAUUGUAGUAUUUCAUAAAAAAUACAAUUGUUUUAGCAUUCGUUUUCAUUUUUUUACCUUGUAGGAUUGUCAUUGUAUGCCAUAAAAAUGUAUAUUAAGAAAUGUUAAGUAUGUUAUAACGAUGUCUUUGCAAACGUUGUGGAAAAUGUAUUAAAGGGGACCUAUCAUUCAAAAUG